UGAUCCGCCGCGCUGUAGGAUGUCCAAAGCCUCCAGGCUGGCCCGGCCCCCCUCGAUAGGGGCUAGAUCCAAGCUGCCCCCCUCCAGGAAGGAAUGCCCUGGCACUGUCGGUCGAGUCCGGGUGCUGAGCGUGGGGGAAAAGCUGAUGAGGGCUGGUAGCGACGGUAUCCUGAGCAGACAGAAGUCUUUAAAGGCUGCGGCUCCAAUGGACAAAGCACAGAGCGAGACCCAGACUGAGACUCAGGCUCCCAGCCAGGGUCCAGGUGAGAAGGGCCAACAAAUGGAGAUGGCCCCUCCCAAAAGCAGGAUCUGCCCACCCAAAGUCGCAAGUCAACAGCAAGGCUCUGUGCACAAACAAAGCAAGAGCAACCUGAAGGUAACCUCCUCGGAGGACGCCCAGCACGUAAGCCGCAGACAGGCCUCCCCAAAUGGGACGGCUCCUUCAAAAGGGGACGCCAAAGGCAGCCGCACUGUCCCUCGUAGGCACACAUUAGGGGGAGCCCGCGGCUCUCGAGAGAUCCUGGCGAUGCAGCCGCCAGACAUGGACAAGAAGAGGGAGGCCUUCCUGGAGCAUCUGAAGCAGAAAUACCCCCAUCAUGCCUCAGCGAUCAUGGGCCACCAGGAAAGGCUGCGAGAGCAGAGCAGAAGCCCGAAGCACGGCCCGCAUUCCAGCGCCGGCGACCAGGUCGACCACCUAUCCCUGGCCUCCCUGGAGUCGCUGGACGCCAUGUCUGACGCCGACUCACCUACAGCCUUCACCCGUGGCAGCCGGAUCCGUGCUAGCCUGCCCGUGGUGCGAUCGACCAACCAGACAAAAGACCGCUCGCUAGGUGUGCUGUACCUGCAGUACGGGGAUGAGACCAAACAGAUCCGCAUGCCGAAUGAGAUCACCAGUAUCGACACUAUCAGAGCUCUGUUUGUUAGUGCCUUCCCACAGCAGCUCAACAUGAAGAUGCUGGAGUCGCCCAGCGUUGCCGUCUACGUCAAAGACGACAUGAGAAAUAUGUACUACGAGCUCACUGAUGUCAGGAACAUCAUAGAUCACUCCUGCCUGAAGGUCUACCACAAAGACCCAGCACAGGCGUUCAGCCACGGACCAAGACCUGCCAAUGGCGAUGCCAGGCAGAUGCACAGCGAAAUGAUGCAUGCCAAUCGGGAUGGCCCGCACCCUCUGAGACAGCCCCCCAUGGGUCCCCCAUCACACCACCCAAUGCAGGGAGCACUUCCCCCAACUCCCCACUCCAUGCCUCCUUCCCCCUCCAGAAUCCCAUUUGGCCCACGGCAGGGCUCUAUACCUGGCAACGGCACUAUCCCAAGGGACCGGCUGUCUAAUGCCAACCCUCCGGCCCGCUCCAUCUCACCCUGUCCCAGCGCCAUCCUGGAGAGACGGGAUGUAAAGCCAGAUGAGGACAGGGGCGGUAAAAGCCACAGUCUAUCAAGGGGAAAUGAGGGGUUGUAUGCAGACCCAUACUUGCUCCAAGAGGGAAGAAUAAGCAUGGCUACUGCCCAUGGACCACACCCCAGCCCUGGGCUUGAUGGUCCAGAUCAUGGCAUGGGGGGAUUUCACCGUGCCUCCAUUCGCUCCACAAGUUCUUACAGCGGGCCCAGCCCCACAGACACUAUGGAUCACCCUUCUCUGUACAGGCAGAAGUCCAGAAACAGCCAGCUGCCUACUUUGGGCUCCAAGACUCCUCCCCCAUCCCCUCACCGGAUGACUGAGGUACGGAUGAUUGACAUCCAUGGCGGGCCUCCUCAUGGCGGGCCUCCUCAUGGUGGACCUCCCCAUGGCGGGCCUCCCCAUGGCGGGCCCCCUCAUGGCAUGCCACCUCAUGGUGUUCCCAUGGAGAGAAGCUCACCUGUGCGCCAGUCAUUCAGGAAGGAGGAAGUGGCAGGGACCAAGCCCCGAAGCAACAUGGGAUCACCUGUAGUUCCAGACCUCCAGGGUCACCUCCAGGGCCCCAUCCCGGUCGCCAGUGAGCAUCAGACACGAGUGCGAAUGAAGGCUAUGGAGCAACAGAUUGCCAGCUUGACUGGUCUUGUUCAGCAUGCACUUUUAAAGGAGCCAAACACUAGUGGCACCAAGGAGCUACUAAGUGAGAGACCAUCGAAGACAUCAUCUCCAGCCCACAGUGCACAUAGCUCAGGUGGUUCUCCAGUCUUAGCUCCCAAGAGCAGCGCAGCUCCCUUAGAAAAGGGUCCAGUUCCUCUCAAAGUCAACCUCCUGCAGUUCAGGAAGAAUGUUUCUGACCUCAGGAUGCAACUCCAUCAGAUGAGACAGCAGCAGGUCCAGAACCAAGAGGCUUUACGAGUCCAGCUGAAGCGUGCUGAGCAGGAAAUCAGUGUUAAACUUGUCGAGGCCAUGCGUGGCCUGGAGGACCCUGUGCAGAGACAGAGAGCUUUGGUAGAGGAGGACAGGCACAAGUACUUGGGUCUGGAGGAGCGUGUCCUCACACAAAUCGGUGAGCUGGAGCAGUAUGUCGGCUCCCUGCAGAAAGACUCAGCAGCGACACACAGAGUAGUGACUCUGAAGGACGUGGAGGAGGGAGCAGUGACUCUGAGAAAGGUGGGAGAAUCUCUGGCCGGGCUCAAAGGAGAGUUUCCAGCACUACAAACAAAAAUGCGGUCUGUGCUCAGGGUGGAAGUGGAAGCAGUCAAGUUUUUGAAGGAGGAGCCUCAUAAACUGGACAGCAUGCUGAAAAGGGUCAAGAGCCUGACUGACACACUCAGCAGUAUGAGAAGAUGUGCUACUGAGGGCCCUCAGAAAGGACCUGAUCCCUCUGCUAAUGUCCCAGUGGACAACAGCUCUUCGGCAGCAGAAGCUCCCGGACCAUCAGUCCAGCCUGGCUCCACAUCAGCGCCGCCGGAGCCCCAGAGCUCCACCAUCAAAUCAGAGGUGAUGCCUUCCUCUCCGGUGGUCAUCCAUCAUGUCCAGAGCUCCCCGGUCCACAUACAGCAGUGCCAGCAGUCUGCAGCCUUGACAGCUCAGCCCAGUCCACCGCUCUCCCCCAGCCCUUCUCACAUCCCCAGUCCCACCCCCAGCAAGAGUCAAGGCCGGGACUCUCCCAAAGGGGCAGCCACCGAUCCGCCAAGUCCUGCCCAUCAUAAGAAGACACAAGGGAACCCAGUGAAUAAUGGCAACGGCACUGUCCCCCAGGGUGUUGUCAUAGAGGAGCUCCAGAACAGUCAGGACAAGAGCAAAAACAGAGCUGUGUCAAUAAAGGCAGCAGAAAGGGAGUGGCAAGAAAGGAGGCAGAACAUGGGUCAUUAUGAUGGAAAAGAGUUUGAGAAGAUCCUCCAGGAAGCCCAGGCCAACAUGAUGAAGGGCAUUCCCAGUCUAGAGGUGGAAGAGAACUCAGCACUGACACCUGAUGCCACUGCAGAACAAGCAGACAUCCACAACCCUCUGGAGUCACCGACAGAGCCUCAGCCCGAGCCUCACUUUGACAAACCAGGCAAGAAGGGGCCUGAGAAACUCCCAAAGCCUGUGAUGGAGAAACCGGCCAAACCUGCACUGGAGAGACCCUCCAAGACUGCCAUUAAGCCAGCCCCGGCUGACAGCUCUACGAAGCAGGGGUCUGAAAAGUCCAGCAAGUCGCCGCCACCACCUCCUCCAAGGAAGACUUACUCCAGCUCCAGCUCAGGCAUGACCACCACGCGCUCCGGCGAAGUGGUCUUCACCAGCAGGAAAGAGUCCGUCUCGCCUCAGGAGGGUGAAGAGGACACUCCACCACCAAGUCCCCAACCUAAGCCCAACAAGGUUCCGCAAGAGACCAAGCCAAAGCCAGCCACCCCUCCACCCGUCACUCCUCCUGAUACCAGAGAAGAGGAGGACGAAGGGGAGAAGAUCAUGGCAGAGCUCCAGGUUUUCCAGAAGUGCACGGUUAAGGAUGUAGGGGUGAAAAAUGUGCUAGAACCAACCUCUCGAAUUGAACCGCAAAUCAGAGAACUAAGACCGGGGGCCUUAUUACCCCUCAAAGAGAAAAAGAGCUCUGAGCCCACUCGAGAUGAUAAAGAUCCAGACACAGAUGAAAAUGGGAAUACUACUGUCCGACAGAGCCAAGGGGUCAUAUACUAUGUGACUGGUCAGAUUCCCAAAGAGCAUCCACCCCCGUCAGGAACAGAGGAAACCCCUGAACACAGAGAGCCCUCCCAGUCUCCAACACAGGUGUCAAAUGUCAAUGUUAACGACAAUUCUCCAAGCCAGCAGCAGCAGCCACAGUCUCCACCACCCAAAUCACCCACACCUUUAACACCUCCACCUAUAUCCCCUAAGCCUGUGGGACUGAAAGGAUUCAAACUUCCGAGGACGCAAGUUAAACGCUCUGAAUCCUUGAAGACCAGUGCAGAAAUGCAGAAGGGAAAAAUCCUCAACAAAAUUAACACUGAAAAGAAAAGUAAAGUCAUCCUGGAAAGUGUUUCUUCUAGUAAAAAUAUAAUAACUAAGCCUGCGGCAACCACAACAACCAGUACCGUAAGAGAGGCACCUAAGAUUUCUGUUGCUCCACCAAAAAAAGCUCCACGUGAGGACAGCCAUCCACCAAAAUCUCAAUCUCAUCGUGAGGAGUGUAAUGAGGAGGCUAGUCUUAGUCCAGACUUGCCUGGAGAAGAGGCCCCUCCACCCCCUGACAACAUAGCAUUUAUGAUUACGAACACCAAAGUUCAGGCCCUUUCCUGUGGCGAGUACCAGGAUUUGGUCAAUGCCAAGAAAGGAAGUGUCCAGACUGUUACUGUAGGUAAUGCCACUUACCGAGGGAGAACCACAGCAGAACCCUUUGCGCCAGAGGAUAACGGCUUCAACAAGAAGCCUGUCAUCAUCAUUUUCGACGAGCCCAUGGACAUCCGUUCAGCGUACAAGCGCCUGUCCACCAUCUUUGAAGGUGAGGAGGAACUGGACAGGAUGCUUGCAGCAGAGUGCAUCGAGGAGGAGGAUGAGGAGUCGGACACUGAGAGGAGUGGCGGGCUGCAGGUUAAAGGGACCGAGGUGGUUGAUGGCAAAAACGUCCUCGCUUCAAUGGUCACCGCCGACCACAUUAGCUUAUCGUCCUCAUCUUCAUCAUCAAUCUCUGAGCUCACAGACAGCGGAGGGAAUUUAGACUCAAAUAGUGAGGCGAAGCAGGAUGUUAAAAAGAAGUUCAAAUUUAAGUUCCCUAAGAAACAGCUGGCGGCACUGAGCCAGGCGAUUCGCAUGGGCACCAAGUCAGGAAAGAAGACUUUACAGGUGGUCGUGUAUGAAGAUGAGGAGGAAUCCGACGGUACUCUCAAGCAGCACAAAGAAGCAAAGAGAUUUGAGAUCACGCGCUCAAAAUCCUUAGCUGACGCUCCCAAGGCAACAGGCUCAAUCGCGCUGAAGAGGCAGAACUCCGACUCCCUCCACAGGACGGACGAGAUCCGGAAGAACACGUACAAGACACUGGACAGCCUGGAGCAGACCAUCAAGCAGCUCGAGACCACCAUCAGUGAGAUGGGACCACACUCCCCCGGGGAGCCAGUCUGCACAGGGGAAGCUGAAGCAGAGUAUGGGAAAAGCUCCGAAGUAGUGGGGCUGAAGAGGUCUUCCUCUCUCCCGACCUCCAGGUCAGGUCCUAAGGUACCCAGCAAAAAUCCAUUGCUGAAGAAGACUAAACCUCAACUCCUUCCUCGCCCUGUAGUCAUCCCUACUACCACCACCAGCACCACCACCACUGUCCCCAGUGCCCCCACCACCGUACAACAGAACACCAGUGUCGCUUCCCCUACUAGUCGGAUGCCCGUCCCUUUGUCUGCGAAGUCCAGGCAGUCGCCGGGUACUACUGACAAAGCAGGAAAACAGCAAAAACUGCAGGACGCUCAGAGGCAGUUCCGACAGGCUAACGGAAGUGCUAAAAGAGUGGGAGGGGAUCAUAAAACUACUUCCCCUACUAUACCCACCUCUAAAAUCCCUGCUUUUUAUCCUAGCUCUACUAAAGGCAGCUCCCAGUCUGCGCAAAACCCAGAUGCAACUAAUCCCAUUAACCCUUCCUCUUCCUCCUCCUCCACCUCUGUAAUAAAAUCCAACAUCCUGCCCUCUCCCGUUCCUCGUUCCGGUUCCCAACCUUCCUCCCACAUCCCCUCCUUGUCUAACGGAUCCCUCAAACUCCCCACACCCUCACAGCACACAGGUAAAGCUCUCUCGUUUCCCUCGCAGACUCAGAAUGGUCGAGUGCACUCCUCCUCUUCCUUCUCCUCCUCCUCCUCCUCCUCCUCCUCCUCCUCCCCCUCCCCUCUGUCGCCCACUCCUUUGGGCCCAGGUGGAAAGAGCAUCCGCACCAUACACACCCCCAGCUUCACCAGCUACAGAUCCCACAACGGCAGCAGCGGCAAAUCCUGCAUCCCGACAGCCACAGCAGCAAAGGACACUACUUAGCCCCAUUAUGGCCCCUCUUUACCGCAUAGCAGGUAGAGCUGGUCAUGUUUCAUUUUGUAUCGUUUUGGUUUUGCCCUUUUUUUUCCUUCUGUUUCUGUAAAAAUAUUAAGUGAUGCACUCCCCCACUUCAUGUUUUAUUUGACACUGGCAUUCUCACACCAAUGCUUCUAUCUGCUUUGAGUUGCAAUUUCCAUUGUUUAAAAAAAAAGUACUUUGAUUCGGAUUCUUUCUUGGAUGUGUACCACGUGUUCUGUCAAAAUAUUUUAUAAUGGAACUAAAAAAUAUUUAGUUUGACCACUUUGUAGUUGAAGGUGGAAGGCUCUCGUGGUGUUAAAAAUCUAUUUUUCUUGCUGUAGCUAUGAAUAGGGAACAUAGAGUUGAUGUACAAUCACGAAGUACCAUGUAAAAAAUGUGUUUUUAUUUUUCAAACCAGAGAUUGAAUAACCAUAGUAUAUUUAAUCUUCUAUAUUUCUUAUGUUGUCAGACAUUCAACACAGCCCUUGUAAAUGCCUUUUAUGAGUGUAUACAUAAUGUAUACAGACAUGUCCAAGUUAAACUCAUUAUUAACUUCAGUUUUCUAAGAGUAUUUUCUCAUUUUUCAUCCAUAUGAACUGCCAAUUUACUUUACAGAUAUGUAAAACUGGUAUCAUGAAUAAUACAAGUUCAUUUUAAAGUAAUUUUAGUGUGCCUAUUUGCCAAAGUUGUUGUACAAUGACUCACUUCAGGCCUGACCCAGUCACAAGAUUUAG